UAUUGUUGUUAUCAACCAGGUUCGACGGUCAGAUCGAUGGAUCCCUACGGAAAAGAAGUGGUACUAAUCACGGGGUGUUCGGCCGGAGGCAUCGGCCACGCGCUGGCCCGCGCUUUCGCCGACAAAAACUGCCUGGUUGUGGCGACGAGCAGGUCCCGGGCUUCAAUGGCAGAUCUAGAGCAGGACCCCAGGUUCUUCCUACAAGAACUGGAUGUUCUCUCCGACGCGAGCGUACAACACGUGCUCUCUCGUGUUCUGGACAAGUACGGUCGGAUAGAUGUUCUGGUAAACAAUGCUGGAGUUGGGUGUGUAGCUCCCCUUGCUGAAAUCCCUCUCUCUGCUAUCCAACACACUUUCAAUACCAACGUGUUUGGUUGUAUGCGGUUGGUUCAAGCUGUUUCUCCUCACAUGGCAUCCAGGAGAAAGGGAAAGAUUGUAAAUGUUGGAAGCGUAACGGCUAUGGCUCCUAGUCCAUGGAAUGGUGCUUACAUUGCAUCCAAAGCUGCUCUGCAUGCACUCACCGAUACAUUGAGAUUGGAGCUCAGACCUUUAGGGAUCGAUGUUAUCAAUGUUGUCCCUGGAGCUGUUAGGUCCAACAUAGCAAAUUCGACCAUGGCCACCUACAACCGGAUGCCUGAGUUGAAAUUAUACAAGCCUUUUGAAGCAGCCAUCCGAGAGAGAGCCUUUUUUUCACAAGGAAUGAAGUCGACCCCUACAGAGGAGUUUGCCAAGAACACUGUGGCUGCUGUUCUGAAGAAGAAUCCACCAGCCUGGUUUUCCUAUGGCCAUUACUCCACCAUCAUGGCAAUCAUGCACCAUCUGCCACUCUUUAUUAGAGAUUUUCUCAUAAAGAAAGCCAUGAAAUGUUGAGUUAGCCCCCUAAGCACUAAAACUAUGCACACCCAUGAGUACUGCUCGACACCUCCUCAAUCAACUUUUAAUAUUUAUGCAUUCUUGACGUACAAUUGAAAGAUUGUUAAAAUCUAAAAUCCAGGAAAAAUAAAGAAGAGUAAGGAAUCAAUAUGUGCCCUAUUAUUCUAAAAAAGAUUAUUCAUUAAAAGUAUUAACCAUGUUACAAUUGACACUCUUUUAAAUCACUUAUAAAACCCAAAUCUUACUUUAGUGGGGAAUCAUUCUGAGACUCAAAAUCCAUCCUUGAGGACCUAAAUAAUUCGUUUUCUAAAUUGGGACUAGUUUUUAAGGUGUCAAGUUGAAAGUGGUAAAGCACUUCUUACAACAAAUUGAGUGGUUUACUGCCACACUGGUAGCUUCUUGCUAGACUGAAAUCCCCUACAAUUGAGGGUCGUGAGAAGUUCUCCCUGCUUGUUGUAAUUGGGACUCUCAUAUAUGCUCGGGUAGAGAGCCCCCUCUCAUGGGAUUGUAGUUUCCCUCGCCCUCCUCUUUGGGCAAUUAAUGGAUUACAGUGAAUGGAGAAGUACCCUAGCCCACACUGAAGACAACUUGUUAUUACGGAGAUGUAUGCAUGCAUACAUAUGCACUAUAGU